CACUCUAAACUAUGUGACCGCUGAUAAAGUGGAAUCGUUUGGUUUGUCAGCCUUGACAGAAGACGCUUAUUGUAAAUUUGCAUAAUGUAGAUAGUUGACCCACUUUUCAGCUGGUUUAAACGCGCAGUCAUCGUCAUAGCGAUAAGCUUUCGCAUGUCCCAACGAUGGCACAGUCCAAAUGCAGAUUGAUGACCAUGUUUGUCUAUGGAACAUUGCAAAAAGGACAACCCAACCAUGCGCUGAUGAUGAAUACAAACAACGGUGAAGCCAAAUUUAUUGGAAGAGGGCGUACAACGAAGAAGUACCCGUUGGUGAUUGCAUCCGAAUAUAACAUACCAUUCCUGUUGUAUAAAGAAGGUCAUGGGAAGAACAUUCAGGGUGAAAUCUAUGAAGUUGAUGAACAGAUGCUUGCCAAACUGGAUGAACUGGAAGAUCAUCCCAAUUUCUAUGAACGAGAGCUGACUACCAUCGAUGUGACGCAGAAUGGCAAGGGUGACCAGUUGUCAACCGAAAAAGAGUGCUGGUGUUACUUCUUGAAGAAAUACAAGCCCAGGAUGUUAGACCUACCCUAUCUGGAGAGUUACGACUCUAAGGGAGAUCAUGGCCUAAAAUAUGUAGAAAGGUGCGACCGAGUUGAUGUCACCCACCGUGCCAAGAAUGACGUGUACCAAGAAUAAGUCAACACAAAACUAGUCGAGGAUAUUAAGUUGUACACAAUACUAGAGGUGAUACGUAUCAUGAUGCAUAGGUAAUAAUAUGAUACAUAUCGAUGUACACAUAUUUACGCCAAAUUGCAUGGAAACUUUUUGACUUCAGAUCAUAUCCUUGCAUCAAAACUUACGAUGCACUGGUGCACCGAUGUAUCGUUUCACCCUACACAAUACUUUUGAGUACUCUUUCCAAUGUUUUAUUCCUUAAUAAAAAAUUACUGUCCUA